AUGGAUCAUCUCAGCAAAUUACCUGACGAUGUUCUUUGUCAUAUUUUGUCUUUCCUUGCGACAAAGGAGGCUGCUUCAACAUCUGUUCUCUCUACAAGGUGGCGCAAUCUGGUUGCGUAUGUACCAAAUCUUGAUCUACAUGAUUAUAUCUUUUUGCAUGACGAAGAAGGUAAGCGGGAAAGGGAAGGAGUUCUUGAGAGCUUCAUGGAUUUUGGGGAUAGGGUUUUGGUCUUGCAGGGUGAUUCUACCCUCAAAAAGUUCUCCCUAAAGUGUCUACCUGGUGUUGAUUCAGACCGUGUGAAUCGUUGGAUACGUAAUGCUCUGCAGCGUGGUGUUUCAGAACUUAGACUGUACAUUGAGUUUGAUAUUGAACAUCGGCUACCUGCUGAGAUCUUCAGCAGUAAGACACUUGUUAGGCUGAAAGUAACAAAUGGACUUAAUGUUGAUUUGCAUGUCUUGGGUGUUUCCUUACCCAUGCUUAAAACUCUCCUUCUUCGCUACGUCGCUCUGUUUUCUAGUCAGUUUGAGAUGCUUAUUUGCGGUUGCCCUGCGCUUGAGACAUUAGACAUCAAAAGUGUUGAGUGGGGAAAUUCCAGUGUAACUGUGUCAAGUGCAAGCCUCAAGACGCUAAUUAUUCACUCCCGUGGUCGUCGUGCUUCUGCCUCGACAUUACAUCCAAGUAGCAUUUCUUUUGAUACUCCAAAUCUGGUUUCCUUCACCUAUACUGAUCUUGCUGCGGAGGACUAUCCAAAAGUUAACUUGGCAAACGUAGUUGAGGCUAAUAUCGACCUUCAGUUAACUGAUGAUCUGGAUGAGCGGGCAAGAGCGCCAAACAUUGAUGGUGAGGGUGAUGGUUAUCUCAAGAGGUUUGGUAAUGUGUGGAAGCUCUUUACUGGAAUGAAAAAUGUUCGGGAACUUCACUUAUCCUCUGACACUUUCGAGGUCCUUUAUAUAUGCCGUGCGUCAAUACCGGUGUUCAACAACCUCAAAAUUUUAAGUGCUUCCAGCUCAUCUGAUCGGGGAAGGCAACUAGUGCCGUAUCUCCUAAGGAACUGUCCGAGUUUAGAAGAUCUAACAUAUGAUGGCUUGCACUUCAAGAAAGAUAAAUGCGAGGAUUCCUGCAACUGCAAAUCUCCGGAGGACGAAGGCCGUUCGCUCAUAUCUUGUCCGGUGAAGAAGCUCCAGAUCACAGAGUUUAUUGGAACAUAUGAACAGUUCAAGAUAAUAAAGCGUUUCUUGAAGGAUUUCCCGUGUUUGACGGAGAUAGAGAUACAUGCUAGAGAGGAUGUUCUUAUAGACGUCGAAGACUCCGUGGAGAUUUUGAACUCGAUAGCGAGAUGCUCAAACUCUACGGCAAGCUUUACACUUGCCGUGUCAAAUUGGUAG